AAUUCUAUUUUCGUAUUAUCUGGCGUAGAUCGAAAUGAGAUUUCAUUCGUUUUUCUGUAAAAAUUCUUCAAGAAGAUCUAGUUUGUUGACAUUAGAACGAAAUGGAAGAUCUUUGAUAUGGUCAUCUUUGCCAAGGAGGUAGCGUCAUCGCGUCAGUUGAGUGCACAUGUUAUUGUUUUGAAUUUUUUGAGGUAUUUUUUGUCGGAAUUUAAUGUGCAGAAAUAAUUGAGUUUCACAAAUACUAUUUGCUCUGCGUAAUCGUUACUUCUCAUUAAAAGAGUGGAUAUUGGCUUGUUAUUUGCGAAAUUUUCUGGACGUAUGGUGGCAUUGCUAUAUACCACACGCUACGUCUAGCUGUCAUACUCACGUUUGUGUCAUUGAAUUGUGUUCUGUAGCAUUGAGUAAUUAUUUCAUAUGAAGGUUGUAACCGCAUGCAACAUGGGAUGGGUGGAUGUCUGACAUUAGAUAGAGAGGAAUCUAAGGCUAGAAGGCGAAGUGAAGAAAUAGACAAACAGUUGGGAGAAUUAGCAAAGCAGGAACGCAAUGUUAUUAAGAUCCUUCUUUUGGGAGCGGGUGAGAGUGGUAAAAGUACUCUGGUAAAGCAGAUGAAAAUUAUUCACAGUGAUGGAUUUACUAAAGAAGAACUUAGAAGUUUUCGGCCUACAGUCAUGGACAAUCUUCUUUCCUCCAUGAAAUAUGUUUUAACUGGUAUGGGGCUGCUGCGUAUUAAUUUACAAUCUGCCAAAAAUAAGGCCCAUGCCCAAAUUGUGCUUGCCAGUAGUUCCUGUUUUGAUAAAGGCUUCAAUGUCCUUCCACGUGUUGCUGCUGCUUUACAAGCUUUAUGGCAGGACCGGGGGGUUCGAUUAGCUGUAGCUAGAGGCUACGAAUAUGAACUGAAUGAUUCAGCUAUUUAUAUGUUUGAUGUUGGAGGACAGAGAUCUCAACGUCGAAAGUGGAUUUAUUGUUUUGAUGAUGUCCGUGCUGUAAUGUUUGUUGUAUCACUGAGCGGUUAUGAUAUGACACUUGUGGAGGAUCCUUCUGUCAACCGCCUCGAGGAGAGUCUCACCCUGUUUGGGCAGAUAGUCAACAAUAGAUUCUUUCGUGAAGCUGCUUUUGUACUUUUCUUGAACAAGCUUGACCUCUUUCGGGAAAAGAUUCUUUAUUCUGGUCGUCAUUUACGACUGUACUUCCCUGAUUAUAAAGGACCUGAUUAUGAUGUGGACAGGGGGGCCCUCUUUGUGCAACAUAAAUUUGCAGUUAGGAAUCGCAACUCUGCACGACCACUGUAUCCACAUUUCACCACAGCCACAGACACAGCCAAUGUACAAGUGGUUUUUCAGGCUGUAAUGGAUGUGGUGGUGCAUGCCAAUCUAGCACAUGUUACCUUAUUGUGAGAGUGAAAGGCAUUGAUGUCAGGAAUGAAGCUGACCCAUUGAAUCUGUUCUUCCUUUAAAUUUGCACUGUGUAUGCAAAUGAGCUUUUGCAUGUAGCAACUAGUAAUGACUGAGACCAUUAGCAAGUUCCUUCUCAGUAGCUUGCAUAUAAGAUAAUUAUAAAAAAGCCAGUGGGCAUAAGACAAGACAGGUCUCUUGCCAACUACAAGUGGCUGUAUGAACUAUUUCGCAUGCGAUAUUGUGCAUUAGUUGGUGAUGAGGCCUUCAGAAAUUGUUGCCUUUUAUUUUAGGCUUCCAGAGCGUGGGCUCUGUACUUAGUGCAAUGUUAAUUUUAGUUGAAUGCAGAUCAUGGCUGUGUGGUGAGUGUGCAAUAAGUUGCCCUGCAGCCCAGCGGGGGUGGUGGGUGUUGAGGUGGGGGGAAGGCGCUUCUGUUGAUGCUGAAGGGAAAGCAGGUGGCUGGUGGUAGCUUAAGGGAAGGCUGGAGGCAGCGAGUGUCAUCUGCUGGCAGGCAUUCCAAAUGAAAUAAAGCCCUAGACAUGCUACAAUGCUUGACUUACAAUAUUCAUGGACAACUCAGCAGCACGCAGAUGCAGCUUUGUGUGUGUGUGUGGACCUUAAGGCAACAACAAAGCCCAUGGGUCGCCCACAGUGAUUGGCAAAUUGAUGAAGCUUAGCAGAAAAGUGGGAGAAUGCAAGUGGCAGGGUUAGAGAUAGGGAAUUUCAAUAUAUUUAAAAAAAAUAUAUUAAAAAAAUCAAUAUUAGGCAGAAGAAAACACUUGAGCCCAGCCGAUCGAUCUGAUUUCUGCCUAUUAUCUCUUCAAGAAAGAAAUUCCCAUCUUCAAAUUGGAGUUGGACCGGAAAUGUGAUGGGGAACCUACUCUCCAAAAAGUUCUAAGUUAUUAGAGUUUGUUCUGAAGUGAUCUUGGGAGCAGUUUGACAAAAACAAGAUCAGUUAAUUGAUAAAAUGUACAGUAUAUUGAUCAGGAUAGUUAAUGCAACAUACAGGGUAUGAGAAGAAUUUGGAAACUUUUUAUAAGGUGCUUGCAAUUGUGUCAAAUUGUAUAAGGAUUAAGUAAAGAAAAAAGUAGAUAUAAUUUUAUAAAAGAACAUAUUUCAUCAAUAAUUUAUUUUUUAAACCUUUUUUAAACAGCAUUGAUGCUGUGGUAGAAUUCUUGGAUUGUUUAUAGAAAGAAUUACAAGCAAGGGUAUAAAAUGUAAGUAUAGGUCUUGCAAACUAGGAUGAA